CAGUUUCGUUAAUAUUAAAGUUACAUUCAUAUAACCUGCUAAAGUCAUAUAAUUAGAUUUUUUUCUUCCAACAAUAACAGAAUGGCCAACAACAAAGAUCAAAAAGUUAUUGAUUUUAUGUUUGAUCCAUUUUUGGUGGAGCAAAAUUUUUCGGAUCCGGCUGACAAUGAUGAUGUCAAUCUGAAUGAUCAUCCUCAAAAAUUAACCGCAGAACAGCAAGAAUCCAAACGUUUAGAAAUGAAAGCAAUAGAAUCAGCCAAUAAUGGCCAAUAUGACCAAGCGUUUGAUUAUUUCCAACAGGCUUUACAACUUUGGCCUGAAAACGCUUCGGUUUUGAAUAAUCGUGCACAGACCUAUCGUCUUCAGAAUCGAAUAGCCGAUGCCCGUCAGGAUCUGGAUGAAGCAAUUCAAUUGUUGGGUGAUUUGAAUCCUCAUCAUCGACAAGUUGCUCGACAAGCUUAUUGUCAACGAGCAUUGAUUCAUUUGUUGGAGGAAAACCGUGAACUUGGUUUAAAAGAUAUGCAACAAUCAGCCCAAUUGGGAAAUCAAUUUGCCCGUGCCUAUAUGGCCAAAAUGAAUCCAUAUGCAGCUCUUUGUAAUCAAAUGCUUCAAGAUAUGUUCCAGCAAUGUACAACAUCUUCUGGGCCUUGUAGAGAAAACAACAACAACACUCAAACUGAUUGAAAAUUAAAUGUAUUUUUGCAUUAAA